UUGGCAAAAUUCUUCCACAGAAUUAAUAAAGCCGAAAGUAUUACCUUCUCACUUUGUUUCAGUGAAAACAAUGCAAUUCAGGACAAAAAUACUGCCCUACAUCGAUGGAAGUACUUUGCGUUAGGAGAGACACUCGCAAAUAUGUAUCCCAACAUGCUUUGGGAAAAAUCGCGGACGGACGUAAGAGGACGUACAAAACGACCAAAGGUGCGUUUAACAUUGCUGCAGCUUGAAUAGCAUUGAAGAGAUUUAUCUGAGCAUUGGCCAAAUGUAAAUCUUGGCGAACAAUAUGUUUACUGUAAUGUACUUAUCAAUGCGAAACUGUUCAAAUCCUAGGCUGUAUUUCUGUCGCGGCUUGCGGAGGCAAGACGGCACAGGGCACAACGACGAGAAGCAAGUGAAGCUUCCAAGAAGGCUCCACUCCAGGCCGCAGCUCUGUCCUUAGAGCCCCAGUUAAUCGACUCCGAAUCUGCGUCGAUAGAACUGGAAUUGGGAAGGCUUCAGGUCCAACAGGACCUUUUAACAAAGAAAGAAUGGUGGUGCUGUUGCACAGCACUAUCAAGAUGCGCAAGGCCAACCCACCCGCUCGGCUGCCAAGCUUUUUUUUGAACGAAGAAAUUCUUGGCAUCGAAGCAGAGAUAAGGUUUAACCAGAAGAUAGUCGAAAUCGUGAACCGACUGAACAAAGUUAAAGAGCUCGCUACAAAACUGUACAGUCGUGAUAUGGACUUCGCCAGCAUUGAUGAGGAGCUGAGAGGGAGACACGCGAAACACUCGCUGAUUGUUUCAGGUCGCACUUCAGACGAGAACGGGCCCGGACCAAGGAUUUUGUGGACUGAGUCUUCAAAGAGCAUCUAUUGUACAGAGGGCGAAGUUGUCAUCUUGCGCAAAGAAAGCAAGCUUGAAGAAGCACUGACGCUCUGCCUCGCUGUAUAUUAUAUUAAGGACCUCACAUAUCCAAGCGCUUUCGCUCAAACUUUAGGCCUCGUGCAAAGUGCGCUGAGCAAUGUUGAAGAGUUCCCGCGGUGCUGGAUGAGCAGCAAGCUUAUAAACAUUGUAACAAAGAUGAAGAAGUUACAUUACACCUGCUGACAAAAAUGACGCGCGAAGUUUGUACACUUCGACACUGAAUAAAGAAUCUGAGCGAC